CUUGAAGGUACCAAAACGUUCACUUUUCAAAAAAUUCUGGCUUCUACAGAUUGCACUGAGAUGUCGUCAAUAAGUGCCCUUCUGCUAAUAUUUGCAUUUUUAAUUAUUGGUGAUAAUAAAGUCAUUGCAGAAAUGUACACAACCAAAUACGACAACAUAGAUGUAGAUAAUAUUUUGGCAAGCAAAAGAUUAUUGAAAAAUUACGUAAAUUGUUUAUUGGACCAAGGAGUUUGUACAGCUGAAGGAAAAGAACUUAAAAAAUAUUUACCAGAUGCUAUUGCUACUGAGUGCUCAAAAUGUAGUCCUGCCCAAAAGAAAAUAGCUGGCAAAGUGUUUUCACAUCUCUUACUCAAACACAGGGACGACUGGAAUAAAUUAACGGCAAAAUAUGAUCCUGAAGGCCGCUUCCAGAAUAAAUAUCUUAUUGAAGAUGAAGAUUAUUCAGAUCUUGAUGAAGCCUAAUAGGUAGUAAUAAAUAAAUGUUUGCUGCAUAAUGAGAUUUUUAUUUAUAAUACAUAGUAAUACCAUAUUAUCUAGAAACAACAAAAAUUAUGCUUUGUCAACAGGUUCUACUGCAACUUCAACUCUUUUACUGUCGAAAUAACGUUGCUUGUAGCUGCCAGUCGGAUCGUAUUUUUCUUGCAAGGGAUUCCAGUAUUCUGGUUUGUUGUCGAUGAGGUAUCUCAUCAUUACUUCUGAUCCUUCUCUUUGUUUCUCGCUGCACUUGCUGCAAUUUGUUUCAAUUGCAUCAGGCAUAUUU